CACGCAAUGUUGGGCUGUGCGCAAGAUCAUAGCAACCAGCCGCAAGUUCAAGACGUGCAAGACGCGCCAAUCACGCCCGAUGUAACUGGAGCGGGCUGGAGUAAAGCGAUUUGUCAGCAAGUAGGUGCUGUACGAGUGUAAGAAGUGUUGUAAGAACGAUGGUGUGGAAUGUCCUUGAUUGCGGUGGCCUAGUUGGCGAGUCUAUUACAUAACAUCGUAGCCUUAUAGACUUAAAGCUGUGUUUUACUGGCGAUAUCCGAAGAGAAAGGUUGACGCCGAGUUGGCUGACGAGUUUUGCCCCCAACAAAAGAACUAUGUCCGAAAAGGCUGACAUCGCUCUUAUUGGUUUGGCCGUUAUGGGUCAGAACCUGAUCCUAAACAUGAAUGAUCAUGGAUUUGUGGUCUGUGCCUAUAACCGUACCACAGAGAAGGUUGAUCAGUUCCUGGCCAACGAGGCAAAGGGUACUAAGGUAAUCGGUGCUCACAGCCUGGAGGAGAUGGUGCAGAAACUGAAGAAACCAAAAUGUGUCAUGAUGCUUGUCAAGGCUGGGCAGGCUGUGGAUGACUUCAUUAACAAGUUGGUACCAUUGCUAGAGAAGGGUGACAUUAUCAUUGAUGGUGGGAAUUCUGAAUACCAGGAUACAACAAGAAGAACUGUGGAACUGCGUAAGAAAGGCAUCUUGUAUGUGGGGUCAGGUGUAUCAGGAGGAGAAGACGGAGCAAGAUAUGGCCCUUCACUGAUGCCUGGUGGCAACCCAGAGGCAUGGCCCAGUAUAAAGAGCAUUUUCCAGUCGAUUGCGGCCAAGGCGGAUGGGGAGCCAUGCUGUGACUGGGUAGGCGAGGAUGGAGCAGGCCACUUUGUGAAGAUGGUGCACAACGGAAUUGAGUACGGGGACAUGCAGCUGAUUUGUGAGGCAUACCACCUCAUGAAAACAGCACUUUCACUUACAAAUCAGGAGAUGAGCGAGGUGUUUGAAGACUGGAACAGGGGUGAGCUGAAUUCAUUCCUCAUAGAAAUCACCAAGGAUAUCCUCAAGUUUAAAGAUUCUGAUGGUUCAUACCUCCUAGAGAAGAUUCGAGACUUGGCAGGACAGAAGGGCACUGGAAAGUGGACAGCUGUGGCAGCACUGGAGUAUGGUAUGCCUGUGACACUGAUUGGGGAAUCAGUUUUUGCACGGUGUCUCUCCUCGCUGUUGGAUGAAAGAAAGCAUGCAAGCCUGGUCCUUAAGGGACCUCCCUCUUCCAAGUACACAGGGGAGAAGAAGCAGUUCCUCGAACACAUUAGACAGGCCCUGUACGCGUCCAAGAUCGUGUCAUAUGCACAGGGCUUCAUGCUGCUGAGAGAGGCUGCCAGUGUGCAUGGCUGGAACCUGAACUACGGAGGCAUUGCCCUCAUGUGGCGUGGUGGAUGCAUCAUACGCAGUGUGUUCUUGGGUAACAUAAAGACAGCAUUCGAACGCAACCCAAAGCUGCCAAACCUGCUUCUCGACUCUUUCUUCAGUGAAGCUGUACAGCGCUGCCAAGCUUCAUGGCGUGUGGUGGUGGCAGCGGGAGCAACACUUGGUAUUCCUCUCCCCACGUUCAGCACAGCUCUUGCCUUCUAUGAUGGUUAUCGUUCUGAACGGCUGCCAGCUAACCUUAUCCAGGCCCAGCGAGAUUACUUUGGUGCACAUACAUAUGAGUUGCUGGCCAGUCCUGGAAAGUUUGUUCAUACCAAUUGGACAGGACAUGGUGGUAAUGUGUCUGCCAGCACAUACCAAGCAUAGUGAGAUACCUUGCUAUGGGGUAGGGCAGGAGGUACUGAGGAUGGAAGCGUGGGACCCCACCCUCACUCACCCUUAUAGUCACGCAGAAAGUGAGUACAGGAUUGACAUGUUUUCUUGGUGAAGUAUUGACAACGCUGCAUGACAUCACAUCCUCCUUGAUAACGUUAAGGUACCUAAUUGUUAAUUCUUCUAUUUAAAUGAAGGAAAGCUAUAGUAAAUGUUUUCAUACAGCACACACUUGUAGAAAAUAAUGGGGAGUGCCAUUCAUACAGCGAUUUCACACCUUAUUCCGGUAAUCUUAUUACCAGUGAUGUAGUGUCUUAAUUAUUCAAAGAGGCCGUGGUGUCAAGAUCUGUAUUUAAAACACUGGAAAUCAGAAUAUAAUGGAUAUGUUACAAAAUUAUUUACAUUGAUAUUGAGAUUUUUGUAGACUCUUGUUGAGCUGUUAUGGACAUCGGUAUUACAAGAAGAAAUGAGAAGUCA